AUGCUGACUAUACCAGAAGGCAUCCUCCUUUGCUUUAUAACUAGUGGUUCAGUACUGGGAGUUCUAGGGAAUGGGUUUAUCCUGCAUGUGAACUGCACUGACUGUGUCAGGCAGAAGUUCUCCACGACUGGCUUUAUUUUCACGGGCUUGGCUAUUUCCAGAAUCUGUGUCAUAUGUAUAAUAAUCUCUGAUGGAUAUUUAAAAUUAUUUUCUCCACAUAUGGUUGCCUCCGAUGCCCACAUUAUAGGGAUUUCUUACCUGUGGAUAAUCACCAAUCACACAAGUACAUGUUUUGCCACCAUCCUCAACCUCUUCUAUUUCCUGAAGAUAGCAAAUUUUUCUCACUACAUCUUCUUCUGCUUGAAGAGAAAACUCAAUACAAUAUUUAUCUUUCUCCUGGGAUGCUUAUUUAUAUCAUGGUCAGUUGCUUUUCCACAAACAGUGAAGAUAUUUAAUGAUAAAAUGAAGCACAGAAAUACUUCCUGGAAGUUUCACCUCCAUAAGAGUAAGUUCAUUAUAAACCACAUUCUUCUCAACCUUGGAGUCAUAUUCUUCUGUAUGGUGGCCAUCAUUACAUCCUUCCUAUUAAUUAUUUCACUUUGGAAACACAACAGGAAGAUGCAGUUGUAUGUCUCGAGAUUCAAAAGCCUUAACACAGAAGUUCAUUUGAAAGUCAUGAAAGUUUUAAUUUCUUUUAUUAUCCUGUUAAUAUUGCACGUCAUAGGUAUUCUGAUAGAAACAUUGAGCUUUCUCCGAUAUGAAAAUAAACUUCUACUUAUUUUGGGUUUGAACUUUUCAAGCAUGUAUCCUUGCUGUCAUUCAUUUAUCCUAAUUCUAGCAAACAACCAGCUGAAGCAGGCUUCUUUGAAAGCACUGAAGCAAUUUAAAUGCCAUAAGAAAGACAAGGAUGUCAGAGAGACAUGA